GACGCUGCCGAACCGGAAGGCAAACAAGGAAUUCGGGUCUGAGGAAUGUUACGUGUCAUUUUCAGAGUUUCAGUCAUUCAGAAAUCUCCUGAAGUGCUUCAGUGGUUAAACCCCUGUUGCGCCGCGCUGUUUAUGAACUCUUUCCUCCUCCGCUUCCUGCUGCUGACGGCUGAAGGAUGAAGGCUUUGAUUCUAGUUGGGGGUUAUGGGACCCGGCUGCGGCCGCUCACCCUGAGCGUCCCCAAACCGCUGGUGGAGUUCUGCAACAAGCCCAUCCUGCUGCACCAGGUGGAGGCGCUGGUCAAGGCCGGAGUCAACCACGUGGUUCUGGCUGUCAGCUACAUGUCGGAGCUGCUGGAGAGGGAGAUGAGAGUCCAGGAGCAGAGACUCGGGAUCCAGAUCUCUCUGUCUCAUGAGAAGGAGCCUCUGGGAACCGCCGGGCCGCUGGCGCUGGCCGGACAGCUGCUGAACGUCGACAACGAGCCGUUCUUCGUCCUCAACUCAGACGUCAUCUGUGACUUCCCAUUCAAAGAUCUGCUGCGGUUCCACCGCAGCCACGGCCAGGAGGGAACCAUCGUGGUGACGCGGGUGGAGGAACCGUCGAAGUACGGCGUCGUCGUUUACGAGUCGGACAGCGGCAGAAUCCAGCGCUUCGUCGAGAAGCCGCAGGUCUUCGUCUCCAACAAGAUCAACGCCGGGAUGUACAUCUUCAAUCCCAGCAUGCUCAGCAGGAUACAGCUCAGACCAACUUCUAUUGAGAAGGAAAUAUUUCCUGUCAUGGCGAGAGAGGGGCAUCUGUACGCCAUGGAGCUGCAGGGGUUCUGGAUGGACAUCGGUCAGCCGAAGGACUUCCUCACAGGAAUGUGCAUGUACCUUCACUCUCUGCGACAACACGCUCCAGAGAGGCUGCGCACAGGACCCGGUUUCCUUGGCAACGUCCUGGUGGACCCGACGGCGCAGAUUGGGGAGAACUGCACCAUCGGCCCGAACGUCACCAUCGGCGCCGGCGUUGUGGUCGAAGACGGCGUCAGGAUAAAGCGAUGCACGGUGCUGAAAGGGUCCAGAGUCCGAUCGCACUCCUGGCUGGAGAGCUGCAUCGUCGGGUGGAGCUCCUCCGUCGGCCAGUGGGUCCGUAUGGAGAACGUGACGGUGUUGGGGGAGGACGUGAUUGUAAACGACGAGCUCUACCUGAACGGCGCCAACGUCCUGCCUCAUAAAUCCAUCAACGAGUCGGUCCCAGAGCCGCGGAUCAUCAUGUAGCGCCACCCGGAGGGAGGCGGCAGGAUAACACCUCGGCUAACUCUCUACUAACUGAACGCCCACGUUGCCUCGGACAAACCGACAAGUGGAAGAUGAACAACCAAGUUUAUUUUUUUACAUUUAAUUUGUACUUGUUUUAGCCCUGCAUGGCUGCAGCUUCCUCCAGACGGCAGGACGUUCGACUUUAAGGGGACGGACGUCUGCAUCCGGGUUGCAGGAAAACCGGUUUGGGGUUGGUGCACUUGGUAGGAGGGUAGAGAUGAUGAUGGGUUUAUGGUGAGCAUUGCUUCUUAGACUUUAUGCGUUCAUACUCUGUUCGGCCUCUGAAGGAUCAAACAGCAGCUUUGUCCUGAAAUCAUGACUGUUAACGGUGGGAAAGUUUAAAAACUCGUCAAAAUGUGAAUGUUUGUUAUUUUUCUGUCAGCCGGAUGAAGGUGAAGAAACAGAAAAUCUCACAUCAGAACUUUGGAAUCAACAUCAUGAUCCUUCAUUUAGAUUAAAACUUAUUGUUACUCAACAGAUUUUCUCUCUUUUGCUUCAGAAAUGAAGCGGUUGCUAACAGGAUGGAGCAGAUUUUCUGCAACAGUCGGUUUGUGGCGUCUGGACGUCCUGAAAACUCUCAUGUUAACGUUUCAGGCAGAAAAAUCUGAUUUAUUUCAAGAAAACAGGCAGAGGAGAGGAAAAAAACCUUCACUCUGUGUAAAACGUUAAAUGAAUAUUCAGUAGUUCCUUAAUUAGGUCAAAUCAUUGCUUUUCAGCAGCGCCUGCUAAAUGCAGUUAGUUUGUGUCCAUUUAAAAGAAAACGGUCAACAUCUGAUAUUCAUUUGGCUUUUUAAAAGGAAAAUUCAAAAUGUGAUAUUUUGUAAAUUAGAGCUCCAAAACGUGACGUAUUAAUGUGGAUUGACCUGGACUACAGAUGGCAGGUCUGUUUGGGAAAAAAUGAGUCCUAUCAAACUUUGAAAAAAAUAUUUAUUUUUAAAACUAUUUUUAGUUCAAGAGAUAUAUUUUUAAAAUGAAUUUAUUUACAAAUAUUCCAACAGAUUAAAUUUGAUUUUAUUUAAAGUGUAGAAAAAUCACUGAAACUUUGAUUUUUCAGCCGUCAUUUAUUUUAAAAAAGAAAUGAAUUUACUUUGAAACUUCCUGUCACUUCCAUUAUCUUGAUUUUCUUUUUUGCGUCUCCCUUUAUUAUUCUGUUAAUCUAAUGCAUUAUUUUUUUUCAAUUAAAAUUUAAAACAUUUUUCUCUCCAA